UUAAUUAGUAUAUCGUAUAAUCAAUUCAUUAGUAUAAAAACCCUAAUGAUAUUUGUGGUCAUUUUCAUGUCGGCCAUUAUCUCUGUGUCCAUACAGUCGGACGAGUCUGUCAUACACAGCAUAAGACCUAUUCUUCUGGACUCAAUCAUAAACACCAAACACCGAGUGUUUAGUCCCAAAAGCCGACAACCGUUGACCGCUUUGGACGCGAUUGUGAGACAACCAAACCAUGAAUACGACUCCGUCUUCUUUCCCAACACAACGCUCACCACAACCACUGCGGUGGACAACCUCUGGUGUACGGAUAGCUCGGCCCUCAGCUCUAUAUUACGGUACAGGGCGUACGAGGAGAGCAUCCCAUGCACUGGCAUUGUGUUUGAUUACUCGCCGCAAACAUUUAACAUCACUUUCCGCCAGUGUUUGAACAGAAAUAAUCCCAAAUGUCUGAAACUGUUGACAAUUAAUCCGCAGACAUAUCAACUAUUCCUCGAGGGCUUUUUGUUGGUCAUAUCGUACGCCCAGAUAACGGACCCGUUAUGUGCCGACACUUUCUAUCUAUUAGUGCAAUUGUAUGCGCCGUCCGGGGGCUCGACGUGCGGCACACCCUUCGGUCUGACCGGCAAACAGUCCGUAUGGUAUUGGAUAGACAUAUACGGAGGGCCCUGUCGUUCGCAGUGUUAUGGCCACAGUUUCCUAUAUCAUAAUCCCGGCGUUCAAUAUAAUUAUGUUUAA